CAUGCACUGCAAUACAUAAAGUAUAAGGGCUUCUGGAGUACUACACGGAUAGAUCGUUUCUCGAUCAGGAGAUUUAUUUGACAGAGUUUGGUUGAUUCAACGGGUUAAACGUGUAAAUAAUAUUCGACUGUUCAAAUUUAGACAACUGCAAGCAAAAGUUUUUGCUCUUAUCGAUUAUCCAGGAACAUGCAUUGCAAUACAUAAAGCCUAAGAUUUUUGUUUGCGAUUGCCGUGAUACUCCAACACAUCCAAGAGCAUGUCAUCUUCUAUACCAUCAAUUUCUCUUGAUCAGUUCAUGUAAAUGAUAUCGAGAUAAUGGCUCCAGUCAAAUAUUAAUAUUUACACUACUCAAACAAUGAAGGUUUACUAUGUUUCCUCUUUUAUCUCGAGUCGACGUUAAAUGCAUUAUCUCGUCACAUUAUUGUAUUUACAAAAGCGCAUGCGCAUCAUCUCGUUAGUUCUACACGGACUCCCCGAUUUAGAGGAGUAUAUUCACCCAUCAUAACAAGCUUGGACGGAACUUCGUCCAGAUUGACAACGGUGGAAGCGAACUUUGACGAUUGCGAAUCUCCACCACUUUCCUCGUGAAUCUCUAGCAAGAGCUACCGUUUUAUGUUCGCUAAUCUUGAUUACUUUUGGAAACCAGACCGAAGAAUAAGUGAAAAAGAGUGGGGAAAAAAAAAAUCAAUAAAUACGAUAUAGGAUGAUGAAUUUUACUACAGCUUCGCCGGAUCGGGGAAGAAGAAUACGUUCCAAGCCUUUCCGAAUGGCAGGAGUGCUGCAAUGCCACCCGGCACGACAUGGAUUUUCAGUGCGGGACAACGCUGACAGCCUUCUCGUCAUGUGACAAGCUACUCGACAACCUUGCCAUCGAGGUACUCGUCUGGAUCGUUGGGAUGUCGUCCUUCCUCGGCAACGCGUUCGUCCUGAUUCUACGAUCUCGGACCUUCUGUUCAAAGACAUCACGCAUAGCUCGCAUCAACGCCCUCAUGAUCCUUAGCUUAGCGGCUGCGGAUAUCCUCAAUGGUAUCUAUCUCCUCAUCAUCGGUAGCGUUGGCGCGAAAUUCGGAUAUGAUUACUACUUCUUCGCCGAUAAAUGGCUUGGAAGUCCACUAUGUCAGGUAGCUGGCUAUAUGGCCACGGUGUCGGGUCAGAUGUCGGUGUUCAUGUUGACGCUGAUCAGCAUCGAACGCAUGCUUGCCAUCGUUUUCCCAUUCCGAUUAGAAUUCCACAUGGGCAUCAGGACAACCGGAAUUGCCAUCAUGUUCAUUUGGCUUGUCUCAAUCAUCAUCUGCUCCAUCCCGUUCAUGUUCCCUUCGAGCUUCACUGGUUUCUACGGCAACUCGGACGUCUGCAUAGGACUUCCGGUGGGGCUCUACAUCUACGCUGUUCCGGGAGGCGGUGAGUCGGGCGAGUUGGAGAUUGAAGGGUCGUCGUGGUACUUCGGAAUCGCUAUCUACGUCGGGAUCAACGUCCUCUGCUUGUCCACCAUCCUCAUUUGCUACAUCAUCAUUUUCUACGUGGUGAAGCGUUCUGGUCGACGAGCCAACCGCACCAAGGACAGCCUACAGGAAAUCCAGAUGGCGGGAAGGAUGGCGGUGAUCGUCUGUACCGACUUCGCUGCCUGGUUUCCUAUCGUAGUCAUGUUCAUCCUCGUUCUCGUACACGCUUGGAACAUGCCUGCCACUCUUUAUGCUUUCGUCGUGGCCCUGCUACUCCCAAUCAACUCAGCAUUAAAUCCCUAUAUCUAUACCAUCACACAAGUUAUGUCAAAGAGAAGAGAACGUUUAGGAAAGAGUACAAACAUUUCUGGAAUUAGUGGGGUAUCGUUAGAUAAACUGACUUAACUUCUUUUGUUAAAAAAUUAAUCGUGCUCUUAGACAUCAAAAUGAGGCUAACUUAAUGGCUUUUUUGUUCUGGACAUUCAUGCUUUUUAACAGUAGUGACAUGAAAAAAUAGAAAAAUCAUUAAAAAGGGAUUGCUGAAACCAUUCAUCUUUAUUAUACAGCGACACAAUAUUAUAUUGGUAAUACAUGUACAGAGCACAUUCGUACUUUAUAUUUUUGUUUGUUACUGUACUAUUAUAGUAAGUUAAGUUAUAGAAUCAUUCGAAACCUUUAAAUGUUUCGAAAUUUUUCAUUUAGAUUUUAAUAAUUUUUAAAACGUGUAGUUUGAAUUUUCUUGCCAUCAAAUGUACUAUCGAGAGAUUACAAAGACUUUGUCUUAUUGUAUUAUAGGGAUGAAGGUUUACUGAAAAUAUAUGCAAGUUAAUUAUGUAACAAUCUCUCUCAGGUGUUCUGACAAUUGCAUGUCCACACGUACACCAGAGCCUUCUAUAUAGUCCUUCUCCAUACCUAUAUAUCUUUAGCCUUCUUCUUCAUUUUGCAUGUCAUUAUUAUCUGCCAUCUAUCAAGUCUGACAUCACUUCUAUUCUUGGUCCACCUCUUCUUCGUUUACCAUCCAUCUUCCCUUCCAAGAUACCCCUGAGCAUGUUCUUCCCCCGUAAGACGUGUAAGACGUGUCCUAUCCAUUUUUUCUUCCGUCUCCAGAUUGUUUCUCUCAAGCUUCUUUGUUCAUGGUUCUUUCCUUCUCUCUAGCACUUCUUCAUUGGUGACCGUGUCCUUCCAAGUAAUUCCUUCCAUUUUCUCCUCAGCCACAUUUCCAAACUGUCAAUCAACCUUUCCUCAGCUCUCCCGAUUGUCCAAGUUUCGGAGCCAUUCAAUGCUGCACUCCAAACCAGACAAGACAGUCUCUUCCUAAGAUUUAGAUUGAUCCUUUUUGCUGUCAGUACCCUAACGUGUGUAGAGAAUGCCUUCUGAGCUAGUGCUGUGCGAGUUUUCAUUUCUCUGGUGUUGCAUCAAUCACUAGAGAUGUAAUAAUAUACUCACAAUAAUUUUUAAAAAUCGACAUUCAUAGUAAUAAGAGCCAUAACCCUAUAGAAGCUAGGGGUGCUGAGGUAGGUGUACUUCUCCAUAGGAUGCUGUAUGCAUGAGGUGCUGUAUAAGCGAAUUAUAAGUUGAAAAGACAAACAUGACAAACUUUGAGACACCCCCUAAAAACGAAUUAAAUGUAAAAACCUUUGGUUUUCUUGCUUAAAUUUGCUCACAGGUGCCUGGUAAAAGCGAAUUAAUACUUUGAAAUAAGCUCUUAUUUUUUAUGUAAUUAACUUGUCCAUGUUUUCAGAGAAUAUUAAAAACCGACAGUUAUAAUGGAUUGUAUUCAUGAUUUAUGUUAAUAUUACUGAAUUUAGGUUCUUUCAUUACUCCAUCCUCAGAGCAAAUAUUUCAUUAAUUAUUAUGUUCAUUAUGAAGAGACAAAACAUGUUAAUUUUUCAUACCUCUUACUUUGUAACUCACUAAGCAGGAUUAUUAAAAAUAAGUCUCUUCUCAGUACGUCCGUAUUGUCUGAUCUUAUUAAAGUAUUAAUGUACAUUGAAUUCUCCUAUUUAAGUGGAUUCAAGAGUGAUUUGUCAAUAUUAACUUAUCAUGAGCGCAAAAUACAACUGUAUAAAUAUGAUGACAAUCAUGCACGCACGCAUGCAUGGUCGAAUCUGUCAGUUGUAAUAGAUUGAUUUGUCGAUAAAAGUACUUUCGGUUGAAA